AUGGUCAAGCACGUAAUGAUCAAUGAAGGAUCCAACCAGGUGAAGGAAUACCAGUUUACAGAGUUGGAAAACCAGACUAAGGCUUAUUCCAAAGAAGAACUCUUUCGGUUCAAGAAGCAGUUUCAGGCUGAAUCUUUGAUGAACCAGGUUCGCAAUAUGGUAACCAAGAUAAUGAUCGGAAAGGCCGGUGGUCAGCAGAAUGCCACCCGUGCUGUUGUGGAACCUCAGGUGGAUGCCAUCAUGAGCAAGAGCGUUGAUGAAAUACUAAAUUUUCUCGCCAAAAACGGUGUCAAGCUGCCCCCACCACCACCUCCUCCGCCACCGCGGGCUGGUUCUAAUGCUCCGCGGGCUGCCCCCAAAGCCCCGCCAGCUGUCCCUGCUUCCAAUGGAGAAGAAAAGAUCCGCCAAAUGGUUCAGCAAAAGCUGCUGAAGGAAACGGAUCUAAGAGGGGCUGUCUUGGCGAACAAGGUGGAUCUAAUCAUGUCUCUUCCUCGCCCAAAGAUCUUGUCUAUUUUGCAGCGUGAAAUUCCACCACCUCCGCCACGACCAGCAGGUGCUUCCAUGCAAAAGAAGAAGUAUAACUGGAUCAAGGAAUGCCAAGAUUAUUGGAGCUACCUUCCCCCACCUGUUGUGGGAGCCCUCAAGGUUUUGGGAUACAACGAGACCUUGUGGAACAACAAUGAGCAGCCUGCUUUGAGUGACAAGGCGUACACUGAGCUGACCCCCGAGCAACAAAACGCCAUUCGCAUUCUCGGCUGUUCCCCUCAAGAAUGGGAUAACCCCACUCCUCCUCCUCCUCCACCAUCAGCUGAGGACGACAAGACCCCCAAGAAACCAGUCACUCCAGAAGAACGUGCCAUGAUGCUCAAGAUUAAAGAAAUGGUCACCUUCAAGCUAAAAACUGAAUUGAAUCUUACUAGCCAGGAUCCUUCCGAAGCAAUAUUGCUGAACAAGGCGGUAAUGGAAAUUCUAAGUUUGCCCAAAGAAGGUGUCCAAGAAUAUCUUCGAAAGCCUCUCUUGCCACCCCAAAUACAAGCCCAAUUCCAGCCUCCUCCCCCGGAAAAACUCAAUUGGGUCUGGGAUAGCAAGGCGUACUGGUACGCCCUUCCACCACACAUUCAAGAUGCCGCCAAAGUCCUUGGCUAUGAUGAGGUUACGUGGAACCACACCGAGCAGCCUGAAGAAAGUGACAUGGCUUGGAGACACUUGUCCAUUCGUCAACAAGAGGCUGCUAUCACAUUGGGGUACACGAAGGAUACCUGGGACGAGGGUAACGGUGACCUUUACACAGGAUACAGUGAUGCAGAGGACGAGAAGGACGAAGGAUCUGCAGUGGGAGAAAACGAUUCCGAUGAUGAGAGUGACGAUUUCUCCGAGUCGUCGGAAAAGGAAUCCGUCGCUGCAGACGAUGAUGAAAGCAGCGUCGACGAAGAAGAAUUCAUUUCCUCUUUCAUUACUCAAGAUGAGGAAGAUGGCGCCGAGGAUCUGGUUGCUAACUUUAUCAGUGCUGACCCCAGUGUUGUCCGAGAAUUGACCAAGAAGGAUGAGGUCUUGGAUGACGACAGUGACGAUGGUGCUGAUAUACCAUACAUCUCCAAUUCCAUUCUGAGAAGAAAUUCAUCGGACGACGACGAUGACGACGACGACUUCUACGCUAACUUCCGAAAAGAAGGCAAGAACAGGAGCAGUGAUGUUCUUACCGAGGAUGAAACUGAAUCCACGGAAGAGAAAGAAAAAGCUCCAGAAGAACAAAAGUUCUCAGGUCAACUUGAGACCUUCAUGUCACUAUGGUCAUUCAAGCUUUAG